CCAACCAACCUCCUCAACAGGAACUGACGUCCCCUCAGUGCAAGUGGACGGAAAAAAAAAAUGCAGCUGCAGGAAAAAAUGGCUCCAAACACCGCACCGCUAAAAGGUGUUUAAAACAUUUUAGCGGUACCCCUUGGGCCACUCUGACUUAAAGGCUGAAACACCCAUGGCACCUUUUAGUUGACAGAAUGGCCCAGAUUUCAAGUGGUAAUGGGUUCAAGCUGGAUGUCCCCCAGCCGAAAGGGGUUGUGGGUAAAGAGGAAGCCCUUCGCAUGGAGGAAGAGGCUUUAGCGAAGUUGCAAAGGGAUAAGAGACCGACCCUAUCAACUUCAGCCCCGUCGUCUUCCUCUGCAGCAUCCUUCUCAAAACCAAAACCAUCAAAGUCGACCACUGCUGCUCCUCAACCAUCACCCUUGACUCACAGACCAGAAAAGGACCUCAUUGUCUUUCCAGAGACCAAGAAGCAGGCAGAGCAAGACCAGUUCAGUGACAUUGAUGUGGACAAACUGACUAAUGAGGAACUUGAAAAGCUCCUACUGGACGAAAACUUUGGGGCGAACAGCAAAGUGCCCCGGCCCUCAUCACUGCUGGGGUUUAACCUCAGUGCCUCCUACCCAGGGGGCCAUGCCUGUAGUUCCUCUCCUUUCCAGAGUGGCCAGUGGACCCCUGUUCUGUCCACCCCAUCUAGCUCCAAUGUGUCCACUCCCACCCAUCAGCCUAUCCCAGUUUUCCCCUCGGCUCCAUUCCCCAAACCAGGCACAUUUCAGAACGGCUUCACUCCAACCAUGUCUCCCUUCAUGACCAUGUCGGCACAGCAGCCAUCCUUCAUGGCAUUCACUCCCAUCCAGCCUGCUGCUGCCAUGGUCUUCCAGCAGCCAGCUGUGGACCCGCAGAUGGCCAAACUCUUCGACAAGAUUGCCAGCACCUCAGAAUACUUGAAGAAUGGCAAAUCAUCCAGCACUGACCUAGAUUCCUCUCAAGCAGGCAUAGCUUCCCUGGCACCCAACCCACCACCCCAGCAGCCAGCAGUGACGGAGUCCUCUAGCAUUAGUCGCUUUGACUGGCUGGAUCUGGACCCACUUACGAAGCGUAAAGCUGAUAAUGAGGAUGCCUCCCCGGCAGCAGGAGACCCCACACAGACAGCACAAGGACCUUCUGCCGGGGAUCCUUGGGACGCAGUGCUUGAGACUGAAGGGAAUAGCACAAACAGCAGCAGCCCACCUCUGGAGGGGAAAGCAUCUCUGUCAGUUCGCUCACCGGCCAGGAGAAUUUCACCAGGUGCUGGUGUCACCAGGAGUCACUCGCUCAACAUCCCAGGGACCUCCUCUCAGCACAAACCAAACAAUCAGGAGAAGGGGAAAGGAAAGGGCUUGGUGAAGAAUGCUGCCCUGGAAGAGCAGGACGCCCAAAACCUGGAGGUUGUCGCCUUCUGUGAAGACGUAGCAACACUGCGCUCCAAGUUCCCUCAUGUCGACAUGUCCACCAACCCGGGCUACGUCCUCAGCCCGGUCAUUACCCAGAGAGACGCUGGAGGGGACAACAGCUGCUCUGUGAAGGUUUCUAUAGAGAUCUCUGAAUCUCAGCAGCCGGUUACCUUCACCUGUGACGUGAGUUCUCCGGUGGAGUUGCUGAUCAGUCAGACUCUGUGCUGGGUGCACGAUGACCUGGACCAGGUGGACUUCUCCAUCUACCUGCUCAAAGUCUGCGGCCGGGAGGAGGUGCUGCAGAAUAAACACAGCCUCGGCAGCCAUGAGUACGUCCAGAACUGCAGGAAGUGGGAGAAUGAGAUCACAUUACAGCUCCUCUCUCACUCCACCAUGAGAAGAGACUUGGCACGCACUGUGGAAGAUGACAACUCUGCGAUAGAUUUAGAGAAGCACCUCAGCCAAGUGGAGCGGCCUUUCAGGGAGAACGUCACCAGACAAGGCCUGGCUGACUAUCUAGAAGGCUAUCACAAUCAAGUCAACAUCUGUCUUCAGAAUGAGAGUACCCAGUAUAAGACCGUGGACCGGUUGGUGCAGACGAUGAAGAACCUGUGUUGCGCCCUGGACGAGGUGGAGACACAAACUAUCACAGAGGCCAUCAAGAGACUGAAACACUCCGUCAAUUUACCCAGGACACGCUCGCCCAAGUUGGGGUCUUCAUCAUCUGGUCAAUCAUCAAAUGGUCAAACCAGUCCGGUGGAGGAGUGCAUGGCCUCGCUGACGCAGGCUGUGUACGACCUGGGCAAGCUCUACCUGCGCUCCUUCUGCCCCCCUUCUGCCUCGUUCAGCUCCCCUUCGUUACCCCAGCCUGCAGAGGGAGAAGGUGUAGAGGGCAGGAGCAGCAAAGAAGCUUCGGGCACCACAGACCACCUUCAGUUCACUCUGUUUGCUCUGCACGGCAUCCCGGCCAACUGGAUCAGCAGUUAUGAGAAGUACUUCCUGAUGUGUUCGCUCACCCACAAUGGCAAGAACCUGUUUAAACCGGUCCAGUCCAAGAGAGUGGGCACGUACAAGAGCUUCUUCUACCACAUCAAAUGGGACGAACUGAUUAACUUCCCCAUAGCAGUAGCUGUCCUCCCACUGGAGUCCAUACUGAGCCUGACUCUGUUCGGGAUGCUGAACCAGAACGCCAACGGCUCCCCGGACUCCAACAAACAGAGGAAAGCUCCAGAGCUGCUGGGCAAAGUCUCCAUGCCGCUGUUUGACUUCAGAAGGGUGCUCGCCCGAGGCAGCAGGUUGUUGUGUCUUUGGACGUCGGCCCAGGGAGCUGCUGCUGCUUCUGCUGCCAGCUCCACAGCAAGCCGCAAGAGGAUGCCCACAGAGAGAAUAGUGCUACAGGUGGACUUCCCCAACUCACCUGUGGAUGUUUUAUAUGUGGGACCAAAGGAAGACCCGAGCCCGGAGCCCACGGUGGAAGAACUGGACCCGGAUCUGCGACGUAAACUUGAGAAAAUCUGCAGCAGAGCUUCUAAUUUUGGACUAAAACGGGCAGAUCAUCAGCUCCUGUGGGACCACAGGCUCCACUGUCGGAGGGACCACCCCAGCAGCCUCCCCAAGGUGCUGGCCAGUGUGCCCAGCUGGGACUGGGCCAGCAUGGCUCACAUCCACUCCAUGCUGCACCACUGGCCCGUUCUACCUCCCGUCACUGCACUGGAGAUGCUCGAAUCGAAGUUUGCAGACACAGAGGUGAGGAGCGUGGCGGUCAGUUGGAUUGAGAAGAGCAGUGAUGAUGAGCUGGCUGACUACCUGCCGCAGCUAGUUCAGGCAUUAAAGUUUGAGUGUCACCUAAAGAACGCCCUCGUCAUGUCCCUGCUGUCCAGAGCUCAAGGCAACAUCAACAUCGCCCACUACCUCUACUGGCUGCUUAAAGACGCUGUGCAGGAUCCCGCCUGGGGACAACGCUACGAGCGAGUGCUGGGUGCUCUGCUGUGUCUGUGCGGCGCCAAGCUGAGGGCGGAGCUCGAGAAGCAGACUAACCUGGUGACCCUGCUGGGAGCUGUGGCCGAGAGGGUCAGACAGGCGGGGGGUUCUACACGACAGGUGGCGCUGCAGGAGGGCCUUGAAAACGUGCAGAACUUUUUCCAGAGGAACAGCUGCAGACUUCCCCUCAGCCCCAGUCUGGUGGCCAAGGAGCUAAACAUCAAGGCCUGCUCCUUCUUCAACUCCAACGCAGUUCCCCUCAAACUGGCGCUGGUCAACGCCGACCCACUGGGAGAAGAGAUCAAUGUUAUGUUCAAGGUCGGAGAGGACCUGAGGCAGGACAUGUUGGCGCUUCAGAUGAUCCGCAUCAUGGAUCGCAUCUGGCUGCAGGAGGGGCUGGACCUCCGCAUCGUCAACUUCAAAUGUAUCUCCACUGGAAAGGACAAAGGCAUGGUGGAGCUGGUGCCGUCCUCCGACACCCUGAGAAAGAUCCAGGUGGAGUACGGCGUCACCGGGUCCUUCAAGGACAAACCUCUGGCAGAGUGGCUCCGCAAGUACAACCCUGCUGAGGACGAGUAUGAGAAGGCGUCAGAAAACUUCAUCUACUCGUGUGCAGGAUGCUGUGUGGCGACCUACGUUCUGGGCAUCUGUGAUCGCCACAAUGACAACAUCAUGCUGCGCUCUACCGGUCACAUGUUCCACAUCGACUUUGGCAAGUUCCUGGGACACGCGCAGAUGUUUGGCAGUUUCAAGAGGGACCGAGCUCCAUUCGUGCUGACCUCUGACAUGGCGUACGUCAUCAACGGAGGCGAGCGUCCCACCAGUCGUUUCCAGCUCUUUGUAGACUUGUGCUGCCAGGCCUACAACCUCAUCCGCAAGCACUCCGGACUUUUCCUCAACCUGCUGUCACUGAUGACGUCCUCGGGCCUCCCCGAGCUAACCGGCUCUCAGGAUCUAAAGUAUGUGUUUGACGCUCUGCAGCCAAACAACACAGACGCUGAGGCGACUAUCUUCUUCACCAGGCUGAUAGAGUCCAGUCUGGGCAGCGUGGCCACCAAGUUCAACUUCUUCAUCCACAACCUGGCUCAGCUGCGAUUCUCUGGACUGCCGGCCAACGACGAGCCCAUCCUGUCUUUCUCCCCCAAGACGUACACUCUGAAACAGGAGGGACGCAUCGUGCACGCCUCCAUCUUCUCCUUCCAGAAGAGAUACAACCCCGACAAGCACUAUACGUAUGUGGUCAGGCUCCUCAGAGAGGGUCAGAACGAGCCGCAGUUUGUCUUCCGCACUUUUGAUGAGUUUCAGGAGCUCCACAACAAACUCAGCAUCCUCUUUCCUCUCUGGAAGCUACCCAGUUUUACCAACAAGAUGGUGCUCGGCCGCACUCACAUUAAAGAAGUGGCAGCAAAGAGGAAGUUUGAGCUCAACAACUACGUCCACAACCUGAUGAGGAGCUCCACAGAGGUCAACCAGUGCGACCUGAUCUACACCUUCUUUCAUCCGAUUGCACGGGACGAUAAGACAGAAGGUUUGGAUGCCACCUCAAAAGCACCAGAGCCUCCACUCAGUCCCACUUCUGGUCGAGUUGAAGGAGAAGUGAAACUCUCGAUCUCGUACAGAAACAGCAACCUGUUCAUCAUGGUCAUGCACAUCAAAGAUCUGGUUUCUGAGGACGGAACAGAUCCAAACCCAUAUGUGAAAACCUACCUGCUUCCAGAUCCGCACAAGACUUCCAAACGCAAGACUAAGAUCUCGAGGAAAACCAGGAACCCGACUUUCAAUGAGAUGCUGGUGUACAGCGGCUACAGCAAGGAAACCCUUGGCCUGCGCGAGCUCCAACUGAGCGUGCUCAGUGCUGAGUCGCUGCGUGAGAACUACUUCCUGGGCGGCAUCACGCUCAGACUCAAAGACUUUGACCUCAGCAAGGAGACGGUCAAGUGGUACAAACUCACGGCUGUCCCCUACUUCUAACCCCUCCCCCUCCUUCGCCUGCCUCUCCUGAACCGUGGAAAAAUGACUCCAUCUCCCAAGAAAAACAAAAUCAGAUUUCAUGCAUUAUGGGAAAGGCGGUAAAAUGCAGCCUGACUGGAAAAUCCUGCACACCUCAGUUUUUAGUUUCUAACAAUAUGAUUUCAGAGCUUCCAAGAUUUGUGGCUUUGACCGUCUUUGUGAGGAUCUUAAAUCCCUCAAAUUGGAAUAUAAGAAGUGAUAUUUUCAUUUAAGGUUGUACACACCAAAUGGACCUUUUCUUUAGUGUGAAUCAUGUGAUAAUCAUUGUAAUCCUUUAGACGCCAUGGCAGGAUGUAGCUGAGCUUGUUGUGGAUACACAUGCAUGAAGAAAUACAUACGUGUUGAAUAUCUGAUCAGAAACCACCGGAUUCCUCAGAACUUCAUCAUCCUGUUAUUGCAGCUUCACACAAGGAUGGACACUGAUAAAAUGAUCAUGAUACUUCGGUGGUUAUUCCCGUAUGACAUGAGUGCAGGUUUAAAGCCGCCUCCAGGUGCACCCUUAUAAGGACGAUGGAGCAGGAGGAUUCACAAACCUUGAAAGGGGAGCCUGCUCUGCUUUUCUUUUUCCCCUCUCCCUCUUUAACUAAUCAUGAUUGUUUCUGUGACAAACAAUCGCUUCUUCUUUUGUCUCUUUUCCCCCACUAAACUAUAACAAAGAGCUGUAAUGUUUUGUACAUUUUGAUAUUAGAGGACCAAAACGGCUUACUUUCAGAAGAGUAUAUAUAGAUUGACACGUUUAUUUUUUAAGGAAUAGAAAGGGGUGGGGUGGGGGUGGGGGUCUUUUUACAUUUUCCUUUGUUUAUUUUCUAUAUAGACAAAUAGGAGGCAUCAGGGUUUCCUGCUUUGCAGCAGACACUUCUGGGUAGAGUAGUCCAACACACCAAGAUCCAGGAAAUCAACAGUGACCUUAUGAUUCCCCCCGAGAAUGUGCCAAAAGUAACGAGAGAUGCGGCACAUCAAACCACUCUCCUGAGUGAGGGAGCUUAACAGGGUGCCUUUGUUUGUGCUCACAAUCUCUUUGAAUGCUCAACUUGGCCUUAUUGUGAUAUAAAUAUAUUUUAUUAACGAUCUAAAAAUUUCCUUAUUAAAGAAAAAUCUAUAUUCUGUAAAGCUAUAUCAGAAAUUCUUCCAGAGCAGGUCAGGUAAAUUUUCUAACAGUGGACUCUACCAGGUCUCUCUCUCAUGGUAUUACUUGACUAUUUUCACACCUUAAAAGGGGAAUUUGUAUCUCAAGCUUUGGCACGCUCUUUUCUGCGAUCUGGAUGACGAGAUUACGGUUGCCUAAAAAUGCCGAUCAUAACCGAAUCAGCAGCUCAGACUUUCACAAAUCGGUUUAUGGACCGAGUUAAGACUGGAGUCUGGAUGUGAGGCUGUUUCAGCUAAGACAUCAGUACCACACUCACUCACCGUGCCUAACAGUGGUUCAGUGAUACAGAAAAUUUUGAGAAAUUAUCUGUAAGAAUAACUGCCAGUGAAGUCCAGAUCCAGUCUGGUCUUAUGAUAUUAAAGUGAGAAAACGUCCUGGAUGUUGAGGGGAGCGAUCGGCGCUGCAGAGGCAACUGGAUCUUUAAACAUCUUCACAAAAAGGGAACACAUCCUGUGCAAGAGAUUCGCUGCUUCUCCUUCCACUCGCUAACUAUAAAAUGUUGUUCAUGUUUAAUAAAGAAAUGAAGAUGAAUUUAUCUGACAGUUUUUUUAUGAGAUCUACAAGUUUGUUGUGAUCAAAGAGUAACACUCACACUAUGAAUACUAGUGACUUGAUCCUCUCCUUUAGGGACUGUACAAAGAACACGAGCAGAGUUUGUAUUAACAUGGCCAGUUAUUUAUUCUUAAUUGGUGACCUGUAACCCGGAUCAGUGUGUACUGUAAUCCCUCUUUCCUCAAGCAGAUUAAAUGUUUUUGGAUCAAA